AUCACCACAACAAUGGGGUUUAAGAGCCAAUGUUCAUAUAUUUUCUUGGCUUUGAUUUUUGUUCUAGGAGUUUUCAUUUCUCAAGCUACAGCUAGAACUCUCCAGGAUGUAUCAAUGUAUGACAGGCUUGAACAAUGGAUGGCCAAGUAUGGGAGAGUGUAUAAGGAUGAUAAUGAGAAGGAGACGCGUUUCAAUAUUUUCAAGGAAAAUCUAGCAUUCAUUGAAUCUUUUAACAAAGAUGGGAACAAGCCUUACAAGCUUGGAAUCAAUCAGUUUGCGGAUCUCACAAACGAAGAGUUUAAAGCCACCAGAAACAGAUUCAAGGGUCAUAUGUGUUCUAAUGAUGCAGUUUCUUUCAAGUAUGAGAAUAUUACUGCAGUACCUUCAACUAUGGACUGGAGGAAAAAAGGAGCUGUAACUCCUAUCAAAGACCAAGGCCAAUGUGGAUGUUGUUGGGCAUUUUCUGCGGUGGCAGCUAUGGAAGGGAUUACUAAGCUAUCGACAGGCAAAUUAAUCUCUCUUUCCGAGCAAGAGUUGGUGGAUUGUGAUGUCAAGGGUGAGGAUGAAGGCUGUGGUGGAGGUUUAAUGGAUGAUGCCUUCAAAUUCAUUAUUUCAAAUCAUGGUCUUAACUCCGAGACUAACUAUCCUUACCAGGGAGUUGAUGCCACUUGCAAUGCCAAAAAAGAAGCCAACGAUGUUGCCAAGAUAACUGGUUACGAAGACGUGCCUACAAACAGCGAGUUGGCUCUGAUGAAGGCUGUUGCAAACCAUCCUGUCUCGGUUGCCAUAGAUGCCGGAGGUUCUGACUUUCAAUUCUACUCAAGCGGUAUCUUUACGGGAGCCUGUGGCACUGAUUUAGACCAUGGUGUUACUGCUGUUGGUUACGGAGUAACCAAUGGGACUAAAUAUUGGCUGGUUAAAAACUCAUGGGGUACUGGAUGGGGUGAAGAAGGGUACAUAAGGAUGCAGAAGGAUAUUGACGCGAAGGAAGGCCUCUGUGGCAUUGCGAUGAUGGCCUCCUACCCAACCGUCUAAAUCUUCAAAUAUAAGAAAGAAAAUAUCAUGUACUUAUUUCACAUAAUGUGUGUAAACUGUUAGUACUUGCAUAUAAAACCAAGAACUAAUGUUAAUGUACUACGUAUAUAUAUGUACAUUAACAUUAGAGUACUUUGUAUAUCAGCUUUUGUGAUAAGAUAUAAAUAAUCUUGUCUCUC